GCAAGGGGGCAGGGGGGUGAGGGAGGAUGGAGAUACAGGGCUUCUGGCUGUGUCUGACCCUGGUUUGGUGGCCAGUUUGCUGGGGUGGGAGCGGCAGGGACCCGCCCACGGUGAGAGCCCGGUACCGGGUGUAUGAGGAGGUACCCGAGGGCACGUUGAUCGGGAGGUUAGCUGAUGAUCUCAGUCUGGAGCCGGAGUUGGAGUUGGGUCCCGGACGCUAUGAGCUGUUGCUGCCGGGACCGGAGUGGCCGGUGCGGGUGUCACCUGGAGACGGGGCGCUGGAGAGCUCAGGGCGGUUGGACAGAGAGGCGCUGUGUGGCUCCCGGGGGCCCUGCAGCCUGGGGAUGGGGGUCCUGCUGAGCAGUCACCGGGGGGAGCCCAGGGCUGUGGUGCAGGUGGAGAUGGAGCUGAUGGACAUCAAUGACCACGAGCCUCGCUUCCCCAACUCCAGACUGGAGAUGGAGAUCAAUGAGAGCGCCUCAGUGCGCACCCGCCUGCCUCUGGCCGGGGCUCUGGAUGCGGACGUGGGGGAGAACGGCCUCAGUCACUACCUCCUGUCGCCGAGCCAGAACUUCGCCCUCGAGGCGGCCCGCGGGCCGGACGGUGGGAGGCGCCCGCAUUUGCUGGUGAAGGCGGCGCUGGACCGGGAGCAGCGCUCGGUACAUGAACUGACGCUCGUGGCGGUGGAUAACGGGCAGCCCCGGCGCUCCGGUACCGUCUCUGUCCGCAUCAACGUGUUGGAUUCCAACGACAAUCAGCCCCGGUUCGCGGGGACCCCCGAGGAGCUGCAGAUCAGAGAGGACACGGCGCCCGGGACCACCCUCCUGCACCUCACGGCCACCGACCCCGACCAGGGCAACAACGGGGAGGUGCGCUACUCCCUGACCGGACCCCGGGACCCCGGCACCGCGGACAUCUUUGCCAUCGACCCCCAGAGCGGCCGCUUGUCCCUGACCCGAGCCCUGGACCGGGAGAAGACCGGAGUCCAUCAACUGCAGGUUCAGGCCAGAGAUCUGGGACCAAACUCCAUCCCUGUUCACUGCAGCAUUCAGGUCACAGUUCUGGACGUCAAUGACAAUGCUCCGGAGAUCCACGUCAGCUCAGUGUCGCCGAUGGACAACACGGCUGUGGUGUCUGAGAUGGUGGAGAGGAACACGUUCAUUGCCCUGGUGAGAGUGACGGACCCUGACUCGGGGGAGCCAGGCAGCUUGAAGUGCUCACUCCAGGCCAAUGGCCAUUUCAGGCUCAUCAAGACCGAUGACACCAAUUACAUGGUCGUGACUAAUGCCACCCUGGACCGGGAGAGCCAGGCCGAGUACAACCUGACGCUGGUGGCUGAGGACAAUGGGUCUCCGUCCCUCACCUCCAUGAGGCACUUCACAGUCAAGGUUACAGACGAGAAUGAUAACCCCCCGAGCUUUCUCCAGGACAGUUACCAGGCCUCGGUGUUGGAGAACAGUCUCCCCACGGAGCCCGUUCUCACUGUGACAGCCCGUGACCUGGACCUGGGCAACAAUGGCCAAGUUACUUACUCUAUCCGGGAAGCUCGUGUGCUGGGAAUUCCAGUACCUUCUCUCCUCACCAUUGACCCCAACACAGGUGCCGUUCGCACCCUCAUACGGUAUGACUAUGAGCAGUUCAGGCAGGUGGAGUUUGUGGUCCAGGCGAAGGAUGGAGGGGAGCCCUCAUUGCUGAGCGAGAUCCACGCCAGGCUCGACAUCAUCGACGUGAAUGACAAUGCUCCAGUGAUCACCCACCCGCCCCUGAGACACGGCACAGCUCACAUCACUGUGCCCAUCACCAUGGUGUCUCCAUCACCAGAACCCGUCACAAGGGGCUCCAAUCACCGGGCACCGUUUCCCAGACAGUCUGGCUCACCGUCAGUCAAGGUAGCUGCAGAGAGAGAGUCUGGCUCCUCCAUCAUCACCAAGGAGCCCGAGGAGUUCAGCGGCGCAUCCUCCAGACCAGCGCUCACCAGCCCCGAGGAGCAGCUUUACCUGGUCACCACGGUGACAGCAGAGGACGCUGACUCUGGUACAAAUGCCCAGCUCAAUUAUUCCAUCACCGGGGGCAACGAGGAGGGGGUGUUUACGGUGAAUGAGAGCCUGGGGCUCAUCCAGGUCAGAGCUACCAACUGCAGCCAACUCCUGGCCAAGGAAUGGACAAUUCUCAUCUCAGUGCAGGACGGAGGGAAGCCUUUUCUCUGCACCAGUGCUGCCCUCACCGUCACCUUUGUCCGGCAAGAUGGAAGGUCCAUGGGACCAGCGCUGGCCAGCCAGAAGCUCAGUGUGUCUUUGCUCAGUGUCCUGUUCCUAUCCGGCUUGUGUCUGCUUCUCCUGCUACUCGUGGUCUUCCUCAGGGGCAGAUGUAAAGCCGAGAAGCGGGACAGCCGAGCAUACAACUGCCGGCAGGCGGAGUCCAGCUACCAGAACCAUCCCCGGAGACCUCACCGUCACAUCCAGAAGACGGACAUCACCCUACUCCACCCUGGGAAACCCAGGCCCGAGCCCCCGGCUCCUCCCUGCCCUCCGUCCCCCCAGGAGAAGCCUCCGGAGCCUGAGGAAGAGAAGCGGCCAGAGCCGGAGAGACUGUACCCCACCCUGCGGAGAGAGAGGGAUCCCCGGCAGCAGCUGCUCAGGGAGCUGGUCAGGCUCUCCAUGGCCGGCUUCUCAGACUGCACCUUAGAGCUGAACCCAGGCUCCCCCCAUGUCCAGCAAAUCUCCCAGUUGUUGUCGUUGCUGCACCAGGGACAGUUCCAGCCGACGCCGAAUUUCCGUGGAAACAAAUAUUUAAAGAGCUGCGGUCGGGCUGUGGCUCAGGAUGUGGACAGGACGAGCCUGAAGGACAGUGGUCACGGGGAGAGCGAGGCUGGAGACAGUGACUGUGAGACAGGCCAUGACACCCCACUGGAGCAGCUGCUGGAGGCAGGGUUCAGUGACCUGCUGGCCAGGAAUGGCUGGCCGGUCCCCACAGGUGGGGCCGAGGCUGCUGAUCAGCUGAGACUGGAGGAGUUAUGCUGGUCGCUGCCUUCCACGCUCACCGCCGAUUACCGGGAGAACCUGUUCAGCCCUGAGACCCCCGGCUCUGCCAGCACCUCCCAACCCCCCGGCGACAAUCAGGAAACCACCUUCUCCACUUUCGGCAAGGCUGGUGCUGGGCCGGAGGUCACGGGGUCGCUGCUGAACGAGAUGAGCACCUUCUUCCAGCUCCUCCUGGCACAGAAAGCCGAGGCUCAGGCAUCGCUUGACCGUGAGUGGGAUGGAUCGGGGACAGAGGAGGACAGCGAAGAGGAUCCCCAUCAGCUGGUUUAACAGCAAGCAAGGGAACAGUCUUCCCUGAGAAUCCCCGGUGGGAGGCUGAGGCUCACAGAGCGGGACAGCAAGAAGCCCAGGAAAGACGGACAGAGAGGUGCUUAAUCCCAACCCCGUGGUGUUCCCACUGGAUUCCAGGCUGGCCAUUCCUGGCCUCGAGAUACCUGGUGCCACAGACUUUCUGAGGGUCAGAGGUGACAGAGUGUGCACCCUAUACCACUUGGGUAUCACUGGUGUCACCAACAUCAAUGGGGAGUGUUCAUCGAGUAAGGCUGUCACCCCCACAGCCCAGGUCAACAAUCGCUGCCAAAGCUUCACAACUGUUGGUGACGUGACCUCCUCUCGUGAUUGUUUGGGAGUAGUCUAGACCCUGAAAUGGUUUCCUUCAGUGGGUGCCUCACCGGUGACGAUGUGUUUUAUGCGUGUGAUGGUGUGUGUGUGUGUGUAACGGGUUGUUUUAUGUAUGUAAUUUAUGGUACACUUGUAUUGUUUACUACAUGUUCCACAUGGUGUAUAUGUUGCCGUUAUUAAAUAAAUUUCACAUAAAAUACUCAGGAUCAACA